UGUUGGGACGAGCAGAGAAGAUAUCGACAUGAAUGAAGCACCAGGCAUUACGGUGCACAGGAGUUCUGAUCUUCACCUUGUAGCCAUAAACCACAUCAUGAAAUAGCCAUAAAUCAUAUGAGUUAUAGUGCUCAGUCAUCUACCCAUGUAAGAUUAGGAUCAAGAAGAGUCUGCACAACCAUGGGAAAAAUUAUGUGCAUGAUGCUUUAUGAUUUGGGAAUAUCGAUCAUGGCUAGAGUUGUGAUGCUUCAAACAACUAGAGAAGUCUUUGCUUGGAAUACGCAUGUGCUGAACUUUCAUCUAUAAAAUUUGAGAGCAUUUAUGUUGUUGAAGUGAUAAAUAUUACUUCAGAUUGAUUUGAUUCA